UGUGCUCCCAGCCGCGCCUGCGCAGUGGCGCACACUUCGCCAGUGCUGCGGAACCGUUUUGCCCUCGCCGGGCUGCCGUCGCCGCCUUCACUCCUUGCUGCCCGCCAUCUUGCUCCCUUCGGCUUUCUGAUCCCGGACUGAGAAGAAAUGGUCCUUAGAACCAAAGGCGUCAUCUGAGGAGAGCUGCCAGGGAGCCCUUUCGCCUUGUGGUGGUUAUGGCAGGGGGAAGGCGAGGGCCUAACCGGACGUCCUAUUGCCGCAACCCUCUCUGCGAAAGUGGAGCCACUGGAGGGGCCAGCCAUUCCACCAGUUCCUCGGUCACCAGUGUGCGCUCAAGGACCCGGAGUGGUUCGGGGACAGGCUUGUCCAGCCCUCCCCUGGCGGCCCAGACGGUGGUCCCCCUCCGGCACUGCAAGAUCCCAGAGCUGCCCACCGAGAGGAGCAUCCUGUUCGAGCUCCAGCUCUUCUUCUGCCACCUCAUUGCUCUCUUCGUCCACUACAUCAACAUCUACAAGACAGUGUGGUGGUAUCCACCUUCUCACCCACCUUCUCAUACUUCCUUGAACUUUCAUCUCAUCGACUUCAAUGUCCUUGCUGUGACGACCAUUGUUCUCGCGAGGAGAUUGAUCGGGGCCAUCCUAAAGGAGGCUUCUCACACUGGCAAGGUCUCUCUGCCACGAUCCAUUUUCCUUGUGAUCACUUGCUUUGCGGUCCUUACUGGGGCGGGUUGGAUCUUCAGAUCGAUAGUCCACCUGUUCAGGACGUAUUCUUCCCUCAACCUCUUGUUCCUAUGUUACCCGUUUGGCAUGUACGUCCCCUUCCUGCAGCUGAACUGCGACUUCCGCAAGAUGGGCCUCUUCUCCCAAGUGGCCAGCAUCGGGCCACGGGAGACAGGCGAAGUCAGCCCUAGGGGCAAGGACUAUCUAGCGGCCCUCAAGGAGACAUGGCGACAGCACACACGCCCGCUCUGCGGCACGGAGGCCAUGCCCAGCCAUGCCUGCUGCCUCUCCCCGGACCUCAUCCGCAACGAGGUGGAGUUCCUAAAGAUGGACUUUAACUGGCGUAUGAAGGAAGUGCUGGUCAGCUCCAUGCUCAGCGCCUACUAUGUGGCCUUUGUGCCCGUCUGGUUCGUGAAGAACACUCAGUAUUAUGACAAGCGCUGGUCCUGUGAGCUCUUCCUCCUGGUCUCCAUCAGCACCUCAGUCAUCCUCAUGCAGCAUCUCCUCCCAGCCCGGUAUUGUGAUCUCCUCCAUAAGGCUGCAGCGCACCUGGGCUGCUGGCAGAAAGUCGACCCGGCCCUUUGCUCCAACGUUUUGCAGCAUCAGUGGACGGAGGAGUGCAUGUGGCCCCAGGGAGUACUGGUGAAGCACAGCAAGAACGUUUACAAAGCCGUGGGCCAUUACAACGUGGCGGUGCCUUCGGACGUCUCCCACUUCCGCUUCCAUUUCUUCUUCAGCAAACCCCUCCGGAUCCUGAACAUCCUGAUCCUUUUGGAAGGGGCAGUCAUCUUCUACCAGCUCUACUCGCUGGUGGCAUCGGAGAAGUGGCACCAGACCAUCUCGCUGGCCCUGAUCCUCUUCAGCAACUACUACGCCUUCUUCAAGCUCCUGCGCGACCGGCUGGUGCUGGGCAAGGCCUACUCCUACUCUGCCACCCGGGAGGCCGACCCCAAGCUCAACUGAAGACCUCACAGUUUUUAUACAAGGGGAGGGCGAAGCGAGUGCCAGGGGAACCGUCUCAGAGCUCUGUUGGGCCGGGGGCUGCCUGAGAAGGGUUCCCCAAAAGACCUGUCACAGGAGGUGCAGGAAGGAGAUGGAACAUCGCAUGCCAACUGGAGGAGCGUGCAGUCAGGCCGGCCCUGAGCUUUGUAUGUCUGGGGUGUGUUUUUUUUUACCACUGCUUUGGUUUUUGUUUUCUUUGAUAACUGGUGUAUGAUAAGGAAAAAAAUCUUAUUUUUGUACUCUU